AUGGCUACUUCUAACAUGGACCAAGAUGGGAUUUUGAGGUCAUUUUCAGAUUCACCUCCAACUCAUUACACUAUGAAAAUACAGUCAUUUUCGUCGCUUACCAAAAAUAAUCUUAAGAGUAUUGAGUCAGGGGAAUUCGAAGCUGGAGGAUACAAAUGGAAACUUGUGUUCUAUCCAAAUGGAAACAAGAGCAGGAAUGUGAAAGAGCACAUCUCUCUCUACUUGGUAAUGUCUGGUGCAGAUGCUACCCAGAUUUCUCGGGAAGUGUAUGCUGUUUUCAGGUUGUUUUUACUUGAUCAGAAUAAGGGCAACUACUUGGUUCUUCAAGAACAAAGGCGCUUCCACGGCAUGAAGCUUGAUGGGAUCUUUGAUCAGUUCCUCUCUCAGAAAGCUUUUACUGAAGCUUCCAAUAGAUUUCUCAUAGAUGACACCUGUGUGUUUGGAGCAGAGAUCUUCGUUAAUUGUUAAGAGAGAAGUACAGGCAAAGGAGAGUCUCUAUCAAUGAUAAAAGAUGCCACGCAUGUUUGGAAAAUUGACAACUUCUCAAAGUUAGACGUGGAAUUCUACGACUGA